CAUUUAUGGAAAUCGUCGACCAGUUGGUGGUCAGUGUCCAACUUCGCCUUUUCCUCGUAAAGAUGUGAGAAGAACCAAGCUUUUCUAGUCAUUUUAGUCACCAUGUUGUAGAACUGACUUCAUUUCCAGAAUGAAUCAGCUUCAAAGCCUUCUUCAUGAUUCUUUGAUAGCAACGGGUCACGUUCAACAUUGUGCUAUAAUUCGACGAAAGGACACUUCUCUCCGAGCCAGCACUGUCGGCUUUUCGGUAAGAAUAGCGUACUUUUUGCAAUGAUUGUAGACUAAGAGAAAGACAAAUUACUUUUAAAUGUGUUAUUAUAACUGUUUUUAGAUCCGAUGUAAGGCUGUAAUAGCCCUAUAUUAGUGGAAAACGAUGUUUAAGAAUUGCCGCCAAUUUAUUCUGUUUGCAAGAAAGUCAAACUCUUUGGCGUUUGUUGUGUGCAAGUGUAAGGCUCUUUCUUGCAAACACUGAAAUUCCUUUAUCAAAACGCGGAAUUGGCAUAUUAUUUUUCUUCAUUAUCAUUGUCAGACACCUUUCUGCCCUCAGAAGGAGGAAAAUUGAAAAGAAAGUGGCAGUCGAUUUGACGGGGGCGAAUUUCUCUAUAGGGGGAGGUAAGAAUUCUGUCAAUUUCCCCCAACAGUUUGGCACUGCCUUUUUAUUAUCCGUUGUGAGGAUUUCAGGUCAGUUUCCCCUAAGGGCAACACAAGCGACUUAGAUGGAAGUUGAACCUGGGUCAUUUGAUUUGGAGUUUGGCUAAUGCUAUACAUAUGUAUCUUACACUUUUGCUGUUUUGAUUCUAAAUAUUUGUGUGUAUGGUGUAAAUAUUUUGAUUUUCAGCCAUCUUUGGACAAUAUACAUGCAUUGGUUCAUUCCUUUACAAACAGCGCUCACGCCAGAAAGGAGGGCCUUAAAUUCCAGGACACAAUUUAUGAAUGUGUCAGGGCUGAUAGAUUCUCUGUUUAUGCAAAACACGUGAGUUCAUUUCUAAAACUAAAAUAAAUAAAAACAAAUGGCUAUUGGGUACUAAUGGGACACAAUUUAUGAAUGUGUUAGGGCUGAUAGAUUCUCUGUUUAUGCAAGAAAUGUAAGUUCAUAUCUAAAAGUAAAAUAAUGAAAAACAAAUGGCUACUGGGUACUAACAUGCCUAAAGCUUCAAGUUAUAUGCAAAUCCUCUAGCUGUACAUGUAGAGUAGCAACCAUUUCUAGUUGCAAAAUAGAGCUCAGGUUCAUAAAUACCAAUCUUUUUUUAUUAUUAUUAUCAUUAGAACCCCACGUAAGCUUUGAUAUGUCAGUAUAUUCCCACUUGACUUGUGAAGGCAGCAGUUUUAGAAACAUGCUUAUAAAUUUAAAUUUCCUUGUUACAUAAUUCUCAACAGACACCUGCCAAACUUGUUUUUGAAGUUUGUUCCAAAUGCCAAGCUUGUCCCAAAGUUAUUCAUGUUGAAUUAUGGCUUUGUAUACCUAUAGCUAUGAAUAUGGAAGUAAAGCUGGCAAGUCUGGAAGAGUAGUCACUUGAUAACAUCACCAUACAUGCCAUAUUUUGUACCUUAUUUAUGACAAGUACUACUUAAUUUAUUUGAAUCAUUUGCUUUUAAUAAAAGUUAUUUAGAACAAAGAUUGCAUGAGUAAAAGCUUUUUCUCUUUGAAAGGAAAACAAUGGAAUAAUCUUGGUGCGUACAGCUACUUUGCUGUUGGUGGGCACAUAUACACCAGAAAUGAGUCCAAGUAUUUGUGUUGAGGCAGUUGAAAAACUAGGUUAGUUUUACUACCUGUUUGCAUGAAAAAUGACAAUUUAAUUUUGUUUAGAGUACUUUGAAGAAAUAGAGUCCCAUACUUGCCUCUGGUUAUCAAGAUUGCCACCAUACUAAUGUUUUUUUUGUCUCUUUUUUACUCUGCAGCAGACUAUUUCAGGGAAAAAGGGAAGUGAUCAGUGCAACACAAAUCACUAUCCCAUAUGUUAUAAGACAGAGUGUUCCAGGAUUUUUUAGAAUUGAAAUUUAUCGAUUGAUCCAGCACACAUUUCUUGUAGAAACAAAUAUGUGAUUCACAUUUGAAACAAUUUGUUAGAGCCGUGGGAGAGGAAAACAAUCUGCAACCAAUAUUGACGGAAAGAUAAAGUGUAUUCAGCACAACCUAUGCAAGAAAAUAUGGUAGUUUAUUUAUUUUAACUUGAAAACUUUUCAAUUACCUUUUACAAUUAUAAUAGAGUAAUUUAAUAGUGUAGCCUUCAACUUAAACAACAUGUUUACACAAUUCCUUGAUGAUGUACAGUGUGCUUUGUUGAAGAAAAUCCUCGAAAACAGUGUUUAUUAUUAUUUUUAUCUUUAAGUUGUAUUAAUUCCUAGUGGUUAGUUAUUUAGAAACUUUAUUUGGAAACACCAUUAAUUUUACCAUGGUGCAAUUUUGAAACUUGAAAUCUUCGGACAAAUUUGGUUUUUCUUCACAAAAAAACAAAAUUUUGGCCAACACUUUGAACAAAAAAAAAAAACUCCAUCUAAAAGUUUGAAUAAAGGAAAUAAUAUAAACCAUACUGAUGUAACUUAAGGGAAAAAGAAAAACAAAAAUUGUCAAGAAUAUAUGACAAUGAAACUAUUUAAAUUACAAGAAGAUCUUAGGCAUCAUGAAAUCUAAAGCCACUUGAUGGGCACAGAGAUGGACAGAAAUAAUUUUUGACUGAAAAAAUGUGUGGAAAAAAGGCUUUAGUGAUUUUGAGGUAACAUCUACUUCUCCCAUCUGUUUCACAAGAGACUACAAAACAAUUUGGAAGGAGAAUGUAGUCAAUCAGAAGUCACUAAGGCUUUUUUUCAUCUACUCUUUAAUGUAACUUCAAGUAGACCUGCUUUCCCAGAGUAAUCCAUCAUGUAAGUCAAUACAAACCAAAAGAAACAGAAUAAUUCACUUCUACCAUAAGCUAGCCAUAAAAUGCUCUCCCACAUUUCCUCCUCCAUAAAAUUCCCUCAAAAAAUACAAAAUGGCAAACCAGCCAAUAAAAUAUCAUAGUUCACUGUCAGCAUGAGCAGAGCCUUCCAUAGCUCAUCAGCUUGACUCACAAACUGUGAUAGCUCUUAUUCCUACCCUGCCACCACUUGAACACUAAAAUAAAAAUCACAGUCAAAAAAGCGCCCAAAAUUAUUCCUCCAACAAAUGAGGCACCAUCAAACUUUCUACUGCUUUCCUUUGUGCCAGGCUCAGAAGGGACAGGAGCUGAUGUUGUUGUUGGGGUUGGUUUAGUUGAAGUGGAACUUGGGAUGGGCGUUGUCGUUGUGGAUGGUAGUAUCCUUGUAGUUGUACUAGGUGUGGAAGUAGUACUUGAAUUGCUUUUAGAUUCUGCUGUGGUAGUUUGACCUGAUAUAGCUAAGAAGAAAAAAGUUUGCUUUGAUCAUUAUUUUCAUUUAGAAAUAAAAAUAUGUCUGGUACAGACUGCCUUUCAAAUUACAGCUAGCCACUAAAUUUUCUUGUGACUCACUGAUAUUCAAGAGAUCAAAAUAAUUUGAACUCAAUUGCUUCAUUCCUUACAGGGUCACAGGAUUUAUCUCUUGAAAAAAAAAAAGAAAAGGAAAUUUCACAUAUUCAUCUUACACAAACAAGUCCAAUUUGUAAGUCAUAAUCAUUAUUAUGCCACCUAUCAGAGUGAAUAUGUGUAGGGAUAUCACAUCUUGCUUUUUACAAGUUAUGCUAACAGGUGUGGAAAUCUGUUCCACCAAUGAGAAAGAAAAAUACAUUUUUUUAACCUUUGGAAAGAGCAAUACCACACAAAAUUCACUUCCAACUGAAAUAAAUUUGUCAAAUUUUUUUUGAAAGACAGCAGUAGAUUAAACUUCACAAACACAUGUUAGUGCAGGCAACUUGUGACAACCAUUAAAAAUUAUGGUUAAAUGAACAUCAUAGAAAAAAUUGCAAAAGCCAGAAUUAAACAAAUUUAACAAGAACGGGAUAGAGUUAAGACAUAUUGUGGAAAAUCCCUUAAGAAGUUAGGCAAACUAAAUUCUGGUAACCUUUGAGUUGACAAAAAUUAAAUAUAGGAGGUCUGUGUUUGGAUUUUUCUGUAGUACAGUGCUCAAUACGUAGAAGUAGAGUGCGAUAUAUAUUGAGAUAGGGGAAAAAUAAAGAGACUAUACUUUCCUCCCAACAAGCCUGUUUCAUGACUGCUCACUCAUGUGGGGAUUUUAUUGCCCAGAAUGUUCGUAGCCAUUAUUUAUAUACUUUACAAAUUUGUGGCAUGGUAGUAAAUUUGAAUGCUUUGUUCAAUUGUUAUGCAGUAAUGCUUUGUUUCUGUGGCAGCAUGAGGACACAAGUUCAUUAUGUUUAUUGAGUGAUGAUAAUUCAGGUAGGCAGAUGAUAAGUAAUUUUUCUUUGAGGCAGAGGUUGCAUCUUUUGCUUAUGCUGUUGUAGGGUGAUCUUGAUGAAAGGAUGCGCCAUGAAAUUAAGUGGUUAUUGUUAUUUUCUUUAAGGGUCCAGAUAUGUUUGCUAGGAUUGGUAGAGUUUCUGUGUUUUGCAUGUCAGAAUGAUGCGAUUUGGUUUCUGUAUCUAGUCUUGAAGUUGUUUUCUGUAAGUCCAAUGUAUGUUUUAGUGGUGCUGUUGUCCUUAUGUGUGACAGUGGCUUGCUAGAUUAGUGAUGAUUGGAGGCAGUUUCUGUUAAGUGGGCAUGGGUUCUGUCUGUGGUUGCAAGUUUUGCUGUCUUUUAUGUUGGUGUUAUAUGUGGUGUCCUCAAUGUGUUUGGAUGAAUUUAAAAUACAUUUGUUGUGGUUGUUGAUAGUCUGUUUACUAUUAUUCAUGCAGCUGUAACUGAUCUUGAUCGUAUUACAAUUAAAGAUUUUUCUAAGUUUGUGGUCUUUAGGGGAGUGCUUGUCUACUAGGGCAAGGAAUCUGUGUCUGAUAUUGGUGCUGAUGCUUUUGCUGAAUGGGGGGUUGUACCAGAGUAUGUUGUUCCAUUGUCUGUUUUUCCAUUUGUUAGUUGUAGGUGGUGUGUAAUGUAGAGUGCACUGGGAUCAAAUGUUUUGUUGUGGUUUCCACCCUGUCAGCAGCGAUGAUAAAAGAACGAACUUUUACAAACUAGAACUGUUAACAUACAACAAUCUACUAGAACAGAUUGUCGACAACCACAACAAACGCAUUUUAAAUUCAACCACACACAUCAAUGACACUGCAUAUAACACCAACACAAAAGACAGCAAAACUUGCAACUGCUAACAGAAGAACAUUCACUAAUCUACCAAGCCACCAUCACAUGUAAGGACAGCAGCACCACUGAAACAUAGCACAGAAACUCUACCAAUCCCAGCAAACAUAUCUGGACCCUUAAAGAAAAUAACAUUAACCACUUUAUUUCAUGGUGCAUCCUUUCAUCAAGAUCACCCUUCAACAGCACUAGCAAAAGAUGCAACCUCUGACUCAAAGAAAAAUUACCUAUCAUCUGCUGACCUGAAUUAUCAUCAUUAAAUAAACGCAAUGAACUUGUAAGUAAUUUAGUGUUAACAACUGAGUUGAAAACAUAAAUUGGCCAGUGUAAAGAGUAAAAAAGCUGACCUUUUGAGCGUUAGCCCUCUGCCAAUUGCUCUGAUGAGGGGCUAAUGCUUGAAACGUCAGCUUUUGUACUCUUUACAGUGGCCAGAUAAGAUUUUCAACUUGGUUGUUAAUACUAAAUUACCUGCUAAACUCUCCCACUGAUGUAGCACCACAUUUUCUUUAGAAACUUAACCCCUUUAGUAAUGAACUUGUGUCCUCGUGCCGCCACAGAAACAACGCCUAACUGCACAACUGAAUGAUACAUUUAAAUUUACUGCCAUGCCUAUUAUGCAAAUUUGUUAAGUGUAGAAACAAUGGUUAUGAAUAUUCUUGACAAUAAAAUCCCCUGAUGAGUGAGCAACCAUGAAACAGGUUUGUAGAGAUGAAAGUAUAGUCUCUUUGUUUUUUCCCUAUCUCAAUAUAUAUAUAUAAAAUCAAUAUAUAUAUAUAUAUAUAUAUAUUUAUAAAUCCUUGAGAAACAAAUUAUAAUAAUUGAUAAAAAUUCAACUCAAAAAAUUUGUAUUAUGCCUAAGAUUUGUUCACAUUUUUAUUGGUCACGUUGGAUCACUGUUAGCGGGUGUGAAACGAGAUUAGUUCACCAAUGACGUGGUAAUGACACUUGCAAAUAUUUUUGGAAUUAUUCAUAAACUGCUAUGUUUGCUGACGCUUAGUGCUGAUUAAAAAUAUUGAAAACUCACCUACUUCCUUUCGCAUUUCAAUAGAUCUGUUAAGGAUUUUGUUCACGCUCAGAUUAUCAUUUUUAUUCGUUUAAACAUCACUUUGAGGAAAAAAUGGUCCCCAGUAACAAGUAUAGAUUCCAAGAAGUUAUUUGAAUAACAUGAAACUUCCAACAUAGAUACAGAUGCAUAUACUCUGUUUCAAGAAAGCUACACUGAAAUAUUCUUUAUACUUAACAGAUAUUAGGCCUACUUUGAGUGUACAAAUAAAUUUUCCUUUUCUUUCCGAUCACUGCGGCUGUAUGGAGUAUAUCGCUUUAUGUCGACAGCCGCUUGUUGAAGCGAGCAUAAAAUUCGUACAGUAGUUACAGGUCGUGCUGUCGAUUAUUGAUUCGUUUCGGACUAUGAAGUCAAUUGAUCCGACUAAACUAUGUUAAUGGUUCAUAACAAACUAAUUUAAAUGGUGAUGAUUUGAAAGAGAUAGUCCGAAUAUUUUAAUCCAGAUUUCCUGAUAAUCAAAUUUAGUUCACCGACACAGUAGACGUUGUCUAUAGCAGUGAAGAGGACACAUCGAUUUGACAGAAUACGUACAUACCUGUUAAAUGUAUUAAAUAAACUGCAAUCACCAGAUAUCCCAAAACAUGCAUCCUCGUCCGCCGUAAAACACUGCUCAAGGCCAUCUUAAGGAAACAGAAAAAAAUCAGGACACACCAGACUGUCCCAACUAACAAACGCUAGCUCUCCCUUCCCUUAAUGCUAUCGGAAUAGUAUUAAAUUUCCAUUUGAAGAGAGGUUGAGGGUGGGGGGAGGGGAGGGGAAUGACGAAAACAAAAGAUCUGACGCUAAUGCCAAAAAUGUCCUUAAAUAUUGUCGUUUCGUAGUUUUAUUGUCACUUGAAUUUAUUUAAUUAUGUCCAGUAGUUAAUUUCUCACACAAAAGAAAUAUCAUGUGUAUUUUAAGGCUGAAAAAGUAUUCAUUUUUAUUGAAAAUUAAACAUCCCCUGCCCAGUCGGGAGUGAAUCGGUGUUGCUACGUAUGCCGAAAGGUAUUGAAACCGCUGGUCGUGGAACACUUCGUUAAAAACAUCGACCCUCAGACUGAAAUAUACACAGUAGGUCAAAAGGAGUGGGAAUGUUGGUUUUUCUUAGAUCGAAAGGCUAGUUUUCGUAGCAGACCUGUACGACUUAUCUAAGUUGAGAUUCGACCAGAUUUCGAGAUUUGGAUUUAUGUCCCAAGAUUGUUAAAUUGUUUAGUUGAGGAUUUGAAUGUUUUAUGAAAUUGACGAGAUCUUACCCACCUUCUGACUGGUCAAAAACCAAUCUUGUUUUUGUACUAGUAAACUUGUGGCUAUUUUAAUGCAUUAGGCUGUCCUUUUGUAUUGGUUUACUGCGGUGAUAGCCCACCUAGGUUGCUGGAGAAACACAUACUUUUCUCUUCUUCUAAAAAACUUCUCCUAAAAUCUUAGUAGAUCUAUAGUACAGCCUUGUUUCACCAAAAGAUUAAAAUAAACACAACCGGUUUUAUAUGAUUAUAAAACAGAUGUGCACUACACAAGAUGAAAAAAAAUGCAAUUACCCUGAUAAUACCAGAUAUGCUAAAGAUGAAAACUGGAAAAUUGGUGGCCUACAGUCCUGUAACUAAUUAUUCCUUUCAGUAAAACCCAAGAAGAAACUGGCACUCAAUACACCUUCAGUGAACAUUGAAAAUAAUUUCCCAGACUAUUAGUUGUUUAUCCCAUCUUCUUGGCAUUAGAAAGGUUAAAAGUAGUGGAGCAGAAGUGGGCAGUUGUUUGUGACCUGAGGCAUUAAAGGGCUUUCUGGGAACAGAGCUGUGAAGCCAAAUUGUGCUUGCCUUGGGUCUGGCCAUAUUUGUAAGAAGGGUUAAAUAUGUCAUUUUUAGGUUUAGAGAAACAAACAAAACAAAGAAAAAGAAAGAGGUAAAUAUCCAUCCAUCUUGGUCAGGGAAGCUUGGUCAUUACAGUGUUAGCGAACAUAGCCUGCUCCAUACAAUACUUUUCUUUCAGCUAAUUAAUACUUUUAAAUUUGAGCUUUUUUCUUUCAGUUACAACUACUUUUAAAUUUGACCUUUGUAUUUUUUGAGGGAAAAAAAUUAAGUGUGCUUCCUCAAAAGGGGGGAGAUACCUGCAAACAGCACAUUGUCUCUUUCUCUGGUAUCCAGUCAGAAUUGACAACUGACACAGGAUUUGCUUCAUUUUGCCCACUUGGAAAUACAAUUCAGCAUUAAGUCAUUUAAUAUGAGAAGCUGUUUUAAACUAUCAAAGAUAUUAACCUACAGUUAAACAAUAUUUGUACAGAGGCAUGUAUCUAUAUACGGCUCUUGGUAUCUAGUACAUCCUGUUAUCUAAAAUUCUAGGCCAUGUUUGCACAGGAUGGGCUCGCAUCUCAAAAUUAUUUUUAUGGGCUUGUUCUCCCAGGGAUGCAUUCCUAUAACUGGGACCUGUUUCUUGAAACUCCUGGUAAUUACCAGUUGUGA